CGCAUGCGCCGGGGGCCCCGCACCAACAUGGCCGCCGCCCCCGGUGAACGCUGCCGCCGCGAGCCGGCCGUUGCUGGGCAUGCUCCCUGAGUGCCCCGCACCGACAUGGCGGUCGUCUUCGCCGGGGUGACUUUAAUUCUAGGUUUUCGGUUAUAGCCGGCCGGUGCUCAUUUCUCUGCAAAAAGAUCUGAGCGCGGGGAAAGGAAGGGUGAGUGCGGGGGUGAAAGGUGAGGAGACUGCAGGCGUCCGGGCCGGCUCCUGGCAGGAAGAAGAUGGCCGAGGGCGAGCGGCAGUCGCCGCCAGCUUCUUCAGAGGAUACCCCUCCAGCCCCUCAGAACUUCAUCAUUCCAAAAAAGGAGAUCCACACGGUUCCAGACAUGGGCAAAUGGAAACGUUCUCAGGCAUACGCCGACUACAUCGGAUUCAUCCUCACCCUCAACGAAGGUGUGAAGGGGAAGAAGCUGACCUUCGAGUACAAAGUCUCUGAGGCCAUUGAGAAACUGGUCGCUCUUCUCAACACGCUGGACAGGUGGAUCGAUGAGACUCCUCCAGUGGACCAGCCCUCUCGAUUCGGGAACAAGGCCUACAGGACCUGGUAUGCCAAACUCGACGAGGAAGCAGAAAAUUUGGUGGCCACAGUGGUCCCCACCCAUCUGGCAGCUGCUGUGCCUGAGGUGGCUGUUUACCUAAAGGAGUCAGUGGGGAACUCCACGCGCAUCGACUAUGGCACAGGACACGAAGCAGCCUUUGCUGCUUUCCUCUGUUGUCUCUGCAAGAUUGGGGUGCUCCGGGUGGACGACCAAAUAGCCAUUGUCUUCACGGUGUUUAACCGGUACCUUGAAGUGAUGCGGAAGCUCCAGAAAACAUACAGGAUGGAGCCGGCAGGCAGCCAGGGCGUGUGGGGCCUGGAUGACUUCCAGUUUCUGCCCUUCAUAUGGGGCAGUUCACAGCUGAUAGAUCACCCGUAUCUGGAGCCCAGACACUUCGUCGACGAGAAGGCCGUGAACGAGAACCACAAGGACUACAUGUUUCUGGAAUGCAUCCUGUUUAUAACUGAGAUGAAGACGGGCCCCUUUGCAGAGCACUCCAAUCAGCUGUGGAACAUCAGUGCUGUCCCUUCCUGGUCCAAGGUGAACCAGGGUCUCAUCCGCAUGUAUAAGGCAGAGUGCCUGGAGAAGUUCCCUGUGAUCCAGCACUUCAAGUUCGGGAGCCUGCUGCCCAUCCAUCCUGUCACCUCGUGCUAGGAGGGCAGAGCAGCCAGAGCCAUCCAGGCUGCCUGCCGUUCCUGUGUCUGCCCGUCCCGACCCCGGCCACGGCCCCCUCCCGCCCCCUCCCUCUGUUCUUUCUGUUUGAUGAGAGGCUGUUUACUGGGGUGGGCUGCGAGUGUGGGGUUGAGGAAGGCUCAGGGCAUUAAGGCUGAAGGAUCCAAGUUGGGGGAAGUGACCAAAGUGCGGCCAGUUUCCUGCCUUCCCCUGUGGUGCACGGGCGAGGAGGGGUGGGCAGGGACAGGCUGUCUGGGCCGCACCCCUGCUCCUGGCCUUCCUCUCCCCGCUCUGGCCAGUCCCGUUCAAGACCCGGCUGUUCCGUGGCACGGCGGGGCCAGGGAGGUAUUUGCUGUUCCCAUCGCUUCCCCUUCCCACGUCCCGUUGCCUUUCUUGGGGUUGGAGCGGUUGUUCUCCAUGAGUCAGUUUCCUAAGCCAUGUUUAGGUGGGUGUCUGGGGGUCCUGAGGGCCGGAGGCUGAGGCUGGUAGCCAGCCUGGGCUGGGGCAAGGCAGGGGGAGGCAUUGGCCUUUCUGGCCGGUGACCCGCAUGGCUGCCUCUGGGUCUGUGGGGUCCUGUGUCCAGUGUCUCAUCCUGGCUUUUCUGUUUCCUGGCCCUUGGCUUUGCCGGGUGUCCUGCCAUAGCCACAUCUGUCCCCAUCCUGGAGAGUAGCCUCUGGAUGCCACCCCUUGGAUAGGCGCUGGGCUCCUGGAAGCCAACCCCCCCCCGCCCCCGCAGGGCUUGCUCAGGGCCGAUUGAGUGGGGCCUGCCUUUCCAAAGCUCUUUCUGGCUGGGAGGGGGUGGCAGAGACUCGGAGACGGCCGUGGGGCCAUCACGAUUGGAGAGAACCCGGAUUCCUUCAGUACAUCCUGUCCCCUCCUUGCUGCUCCUCGCUCUGCAAGGCCCUUGGCCUCGCUUUGUCUGCCCCUCUGGAUGGCGGGUGAGCAGGCUGCAGGAGGACUCCAGAAAGCCCACUUGUCCUUCCACCUCUCCAGAUUUGCCCUUUGGCCCUCCAGGGUGCGGUAGAGAUGGCCCCCCAAGCCUGGACUUUGGUUCUGAGGGUGGGCAGGGGCUGGGCUGGGCAGGCCCACCCGGGGAGUUAGGGAAUGCUGGGGGCAGCAUGCCGUUCCAGAGUUUUCUUCCAGGGCUGCUCCCAGGCCUGGCUCUAGCAGACUCUCCCCUGCCCAAGCCCAGGCCUGCCCUUCUCCGCCGUUCCCUCUUUAUAUCUGAGUCCACGUACCCUUGGGAAGGAGGAGCACUGAGAAGCACAGUUCAGGGGCUUAAUUCUCGGAUCUGGGCCGAUGGCCUGGGCAGAGGCUGGAACAAGAGUCACAGAAAUAGUUUUCGAGGCGUGGCUCAGUGCCCGCCUCCGUCCCGGCUCCUCCCGCCCGUGCGCCCCCGCCCCCUGCAGGCCCCAGCCCCUAGCGCCUUCAUCGCCGUUCUGAUUAAAGCCUCUGUUUCGCACCUGUCA